GUUCCAGUUAUUAUAUAGUUCAAUGGGUUGCGAUCAUAUUAUCAUGAUACCUUAUCAUCUCGUCAGCGACAGUGACUGUCGGAUACUCUAUAGUACUCCACACUUCACACUCCACAGGUGUUAAAUUUAACGGCAAACCGUGGUAAAAUGGUAUUUGACACAACAAUUUCGUAAUUUAAUUUUGGCGAAAAUAAAAAGUAUACAAAUUUCACGUACUCGAUACAAAAAGUGCUGAUUAAACCUAAUAUGGAACAUCAAAUUAAUGCCGAUGAAUCUGAACCUGGAAUUCGAUCAAUGAAUCAAACCACACAAUACUAUGAUAAUGUUACAGUCGAUAAUACUAGUAUUGAAACAGAGACGUUAAAUGAAAAGCGAAAAAAUUAUUUAAGCUGGGAUGAUUUUUUUAUGGCAACAGCAUUUUUGGUUGCUAAACGUAGUAAAGAUCCAGUAACUCAAGUUGGUGCAUGUAUUGUUACUCCAGACAAAAAAAUUGUAGGCACAGGAUAUAAUGGAAUGCCUAUUGGAUGUAACGAUGAUAACUUUCCAUGGGGUAAAAAUAAUCCAUCAAAGUUAGAAAACAAAUAUUUCUAUGUAUGCCAUGCUGAAAUGAAUGCUGUAUUAAAUAAAAAUUCUAUGGAUGUACGUAAUUGUACCAUAUAUGUGGCACUUUUUCCAUGUAAUGAAUGUGCAAAAAUAAUUAUCCAAUCAGGUAUCAAAGAAGUAGUAUAUUUGUCAGAUAAGUAUAGCUUCAAACCGGAAAUGAUUGCCUCUAAAAGGAUGUUUAAAGCAUCAGGUGUAUCUCUCAGACAACACACUCCAUCUAAACAGCAACUUGUACUUGAUUUUUCAGAAAUUAAUUCAAAUAUGACACAAAUGCCUAGUACUCCAGACAAAUCAAAUUAUAAAUAGCUUUAUUUAAAUUGUAUAACAGUAUUUGACUCAAUUACAUUUUGGUUACUUUUUAUAACCAAUAAUAUUUAAUAUUGCCUGUGAUAAUUUUCCUCAAUAAUUGAAAAUCAAAUCACAAAACUUUGUACAUUUUAUAUUAUCUAUUUAUACUAGUUUUGUAAUUGCAACAUAUUAAAAAAGCUUUUAACCAUUAAAUACUCUGACAGCAAAUAUCUUCAUAGCUAUUUAUACAAAUAGACCAGUUGCAUUGCAUUAUCAA